AUGCCAAGAGAAAUCAGGACCGCGUUGUUUACGCAGCUUACCGAACUCAUGCGCGAGGGCCCGAACCCCUCCCUAGAGGUCGCGCAGAGCUGGGCCGAGCGGCUCAAGCCUAGAGCGUCUGUGACACACGUGCCGGAGUGCUGCCGGUGUGCGAUCGAGCCGGGGCGCACGCCCUUGCCUUCGUCCAAGCCGCCCAUUUCGACUGCGCAAAGCCCGUCUAACUCAUUUGCGACCCAGACUAUUCCACCUGCACACCAAACCGCGUCGCAUCUUCCCGCUCCUUCAAGCAGUUCUGAGCGCGAAGACAGCAACGUGGCACACGAGUCGACUGCACCCGCACGAGCACCUAGUGCCUCCUUCAUCCACUUCAUAUCGCCCGUCGAUGCUUCAACACGUGCGGCCGUCCUUGACAUCGGCCAAGUUGCCGCUGAUCUGCGGGCGGCAUUUGCUCGGUCGCUCGUCGAAGAAUGUCAUCACUGUCCGAGGACGUUCGUCGAGUCCGGGGCGUUGCUCGAGUCUCUGCAGUAA